AUGGACAUGCCUAAAGGUAUGUUAGAUAUUGAUACCCAUAAUGCUCUUUUAGCUCAUAUUGAAUUGUUAAAUAAAAAGCUAGCUGAAAGCAACUUAGUUAAAGCUAAUGUGAUCCAAGUACAAGCACUUAGGUGCGAUUUAUGUGGAGGAGAACAUGUGAAUGGAAGGUGUUCGUUGGAAAGGACAAGUGAGGAGAAUUCAAAUGCUAACCAAGGGAUGCAACAAAGCCAACAGGCUCUGUUUCAAAGGAAUCCAUCACAGUUCAAAGAAACCUUGCCGAAUUUAAUUAAAGUCACUCAAAUUAGCUUUGAUCAGAUAAGUAUCUAUUUUCAUGAAAUCUUAGAAUUAAUUCUCAAGUUUGCUAAGUUUAUGCAAGCAUUGUUGAAAGGUGGAAAGCAAAUAUUGACUCAAGAACAGGUCAACAUGACAGUGAAAGAGGAGACAACAAAACCGUCAAAAGUGCCACCAAAUACAAAGGAUCUAGGGGAAUUCAACAUCACUUACACCAUUGGUGGGUUGAAAGUACCACAUGCUUUAUGUGACUUAGGAUCGAGCAUCAAUGUCAUUUUGUUGAGUAAAUUUAAGGAAUUGAAUAUAGGAAAGAUCAUAUCGAGCAACAUGACACUAACUUUAGCCGAUUCAUCUGUGACACAUUUGCUUGGUAUUGUACAAGAUGUGCUAGUUCAUGUCGAUGGUCUAACCUUCCCUGCACACUUUGUGGUGAUCGACAUGAAAAAUGAUUUAGAAGGGCCAGUGAUUCACUGGCGCCCAUUCUUGGAAACUGAGAAGGAAAAAAUAGAUGUGGAGGCAGGUGAACUGAUUUUAAAGUUCAAUAAGGGAAAUGUGGGUUUAACGCAUAUGAAUGCAUACCAUAUUUAG